AUGGUACAGCCUCCGUCGCUGGCAGCUCUCCACGAGCUCAAGACGUCGACCCAACUCUCGCCCGACCAGCGAUUGCCGCUCUUGCGCACCAUCAAGAACGACAUUGUCGGCCAUGGCCAGCGCAAGAAGCUUGUUGUCCGUCAUGGCCUGCUUGACUGCCUGGCCCACACUCUGGCCACUUCUUCCGACUUUGACAUUCAACUGCAGACAACCUUGAUCGUCGCCAGCCUUGCCGAGGAAGGCGCUGCCUUUGUUGCUCCCAUCCUCCAUAGCAAUCUCGUCCAGCCAAUAUCAUUAUAUCUCUCUCCGUCUUCCUCUCCUUCUUCGACCAGCCUUGUCACUGCUUCUCUGCGCGCUCUGAACGCUCUCGCCGUCUCGUGGACCCUCUCGCCCAAUCCUGACCCAAUAUUUGUCUCGCACGUCUUGAACAAACAAACACUCGCUUCUUUCCUGAACAUCCUUCGUCACCCACUGCCUACUUCAACCGAACAACAACAUAUUGCUUUGGUGUCGACCCUGCUGGCGACAUGUUAUGCUCAUUGCCUUCAGCUCCGCUCGACUCUGGUCCAUUGCGGCAUUCUAGACGCCCUUGCUUCCAACCUCGCCAGCUUUGCUCUCGUCUACAACAUAAGCCCCCAGUCCAGCCAUAACAAACUCGAUGUCACCGCUCUUCUUAACGCCAUUUCAACCAUCGUACGCGACUCGACCUACCGAGCCCAUCGUCUCAUCUUCUCUGAUGAUCUGAGGCGCAUCUUUAGCCAUUCGUCAGACGCCACUCCUUCGGAUCCUCUUCAGGCCUCUGCCUCGAGCCAUCAUAGAUACUCUAGACACAGCAGUUCUAUUCCGGUCGAUACUCUACUCCCCAAAGUCAUGGUUCCUUUGCAAAAAUCCCUCGCCUUUGGCCAUCAUGCUUUGAACAACCCCAGACUCUUCUCGGAUCACGCCCCCACCAACAUCUCCGUAGACUCUCCUCUUUGUGUCUGGCUCAUGUAUCUCGCUCGCUCGCAGCAAGAUGCGCGGUGUCGUCUAGCCGCUCUUCGACUUCUGGCCAUCCUCAACGAUGCACUCGAUGCUGACGUCGACGCUCCUCGUUACGAUACGCUUACCAGAUCAAGAGAAAGAGAAAGACAAAUGGCUUUGUUCGCGAUCCCUAUUGCUGUCAAGCUUGUUCAAGACUCACUAGAUGUUUCUUUUGGCCAGAGCCUCUCUGUCAUCAGAGAAGAUGCUUGUGCUGUUCUAGCCCAUCUCAUUGAGAACAGCACCGAGCUUCAGCAAGCUGCGCUAGAUGCUGGCGCCGUCAAACAUGUCUCGCAGCUGUUCAAAAGGUCAUUUGACCCUAUUACCCUUGCCCGACCAAUGUGGUCUGCAGAGCCCCAAGCUCUAGACUCGCAAAUGCCCCCAACCCCGUCCGCUACCUUGGGACCCGAUGGUCUUGCCCCAGAAGUUAUGCAUGCUAUGAGAUGUAGAGCAGGUGCAUUAGAGGCCCUCGCUGCUAUUGCCGAGAAAGAAGAUGUCAAUCGCAAGGCGGUCAUUGAUAGUGGCAUCAUCUCUAAUUUUAUUGACUCGCUUGUACCUGUCAGCGUUUUUGACUCCUCGACACUGCCUUCCAAGAAUGGGAACACAGUACCAGUUUUGCUCGCCGCCUGCCGUGCUGCUACAGCCUUGUCGAGAUCUGUUAGUCUCUUGCGUACAGCUCUUAUCGAUGCUGGUAUAACAAAACCUGUAUACAACCUCUUGGCUUUCCCAGACCUCGAGGUCCAGAUCGCUGCUACCAAUGUCGUCUGCAACCUGGUCCUCGAAUUCAGUCCAAUGCGUCAGGAUCUUGUCACCGCUGGCAUCGUCACAGUGCUGUGUGAGCAGGCGAAGCGAUCUAAUUCGAAGCUGCGCCAAGCCUCGCUUUGGGCAUUGAAACAUCUUGUUCUCAACUCUCCCAAAGACCUGAAGAUUGAAUGUCUCGAACAGCUAGGAACAGGUUGGCUCAUACAGGCAGUAAAUGGAACAUCUCAACCAGGAACCUCUGUGGCUCUUGGUAGUAUAAAUGCUGCAGGCGAACAAGUUGACCUGCUAAACGCGUCUAGUACACCUGGGGUCGACAGGGACUGGACCGAGCAGGAAGAUGAUGAUGCUGAUGACGACGAUGAGGAUGGUGAAGUGUUGAUGGACCACAACGCGCACCUGCGCUUGCUUCGUAAGAACGAACAUGAUCCUGGGGUCCAGGCAAAACAUGACGAUAUGCUGGUCCAAGAACAAGCACUGGAUUUCAUCAGGAAUCUGAUCAAUGGCGAUGACAAUGUCGCCAUGAUCGAGCACCUCAACAGUGUUCUGGGUGCAGAUCGGCUCUUUGAAAUGCUUCACAACAAACUCCGUCCUGUCUUGUUCCGACCUAGCUCGCCGCUUCACUCUCAUAGGGAAAGCCAUUCAUCCGAAUCGCAACAAUCAAACACUGUGUGGCAGCCACCGGAACUUAUUAAUGCUGCUCUGGGUGUCAUCAUACACGUUGCUGGAGGAUCAUCCAAACAUCGCCAACAAUUAAUAGCGCAGACGCCAUUGUUGACUGCCUGGCUGCCACAUUUCUCUCACGCCGACCGUCGCAUCCGUGUAGCGUCUGUCUGGGCCAUUAUCAACUUGACGUGGGUCGAUAGUGCCGCCGAUAGAGAAGAUGCCAAAGCUAGAGCUCGCAUUUUAGCAUCAUUCGGCAUAGACGAGAAAAUCCGUGCUCUGGCAGAAGAUGUUGAUGCUGACACGCGGGAAAGAGUCAAGACAGCUGUGAGGCAGAUUGAUGAAUUGUUGGAAGGCGGUCGAUAUCGAUGA